UUCACAACACAAAACUUCACCUCAAAGAAUGAACAAAGUAACAAGUGAGUUUGUUUUAAGUGGUGCAUUUUAAACAAUGGACAGUUUGAGGGUUGUGAUUAUUCUGGUAAUCCUGCCAGGUGUCUGGAGUGGAGACUGGAGGGUGACUUUGGAAAGCCAGUGUGCCUUAAAAGGGACAUCAGUAGUUAUACAGUGCAGCUACGACUACCCCUUUGGUCACAUUGUCACGUCAACGAGCUGGUCUAAAGUCAAGCUUCAUUUGGGCAGUCCGAGACUUUUUGCUCUCUCUCAGUUUUCUGCACCGUCCGGACACUUUAAGUAUUUGGGCAACAAGAGGGGUGACUGUGAUCUGAAGAUCAAUGAUGUACAGAUCGCUGAUACAGGAUCCUACUACUUUAGUUUUGUUACAACACUCAACAGAUGGAGAAGCCAAACACAUUCCUAUUUGUCCGUAAAAGAGCUGACCACUGUUGUGCAGCCGAGCACCGUGACAGAGGGAGACGAUGUCAGACUGACCUGUGUGUCAGGCUGUCCAAACCCCACUACCAUCGUCUGGUUCAAAGAUGGACAACCUGUAUCAGGUUCAGUGUUUCAGGCGAGGAUAGAGGACGCUGGGAGAUACUACUGCGCUGUCCAAGGACAAGAGACGGCCAGAUCUGCCUCUGUGGCUCUGAAUGUUCAGUACGCUCCCAAGAAAGUGACUCUGACAGUGAGUUCACCAGGAGACGUCGUCAAAGGAGACACGGUGACUUUCAGGUGCAGCAGCGACGCCAACCCUCCUGUGACAGAAAGAGGAUACAGCCUGUAUAAAGACGGACAGUUUAUCAGCUCAGGGCAGAAACACAGCAUCUCUGACGUGCAGCCCGGCCACAGUGGACGGUACUACUGCCAGGCCUGGAAUAACAUCACCUGGAGGGGCAACGCCUUGUUCAACUCCGCUGAGGUUCACCUUGAUGUCCAGUACCCCCCAAUGAACGUUUCAGUGUCAGUGGCUCCACAGCAAGUCUUGGAGGGCAGCAGUGUGAAUUUGACCUGCAGCAGUGAUGCUAACCCUCCAGCAGACAGCUACGCCUGGUACAAGACGGCAGUAUCAGGCUCCAUGCUCCAGAUGGGCUCAGGACAGAUGCUAUUUCUGCCCUCGAUGGAGGCGUCUCACAAUGGACUCUACCUGUGCCUGGCCAGGAACAGCGUGGGGGAAAACAACUCGACUGAGGUUCUGCUGGUCAUGGCGGAAAAGCUGCAAACCAGCCCAUCCAUCGCAGUCUUAGUUGGAAUCGGAGUCGCUCUUUGUGUCACACUCAUGAUCGUGCUGCUUCUGUUCUGGAAGAAACAGAGGACCAAUGCAGGGGAAAAACAGACUGAAGAUCCAUCUGACGAACCAUCUGAUUCUGUUUAUGCUAACAUCCUCAUGUCUCCAUCUUCUGCUCCACAGAGGAACUCACACCCUCAUGCCUCCACGUCUUAUGAAGAUGAGAUUCUGUACGCCACAGUGAACAUCAAGCCAAAAAACACCAGCAGAGCAGCACAGGACUCCUGGUCCAAAGCAGGAGAGAACAGCGACUCUGUGAUCUAUGCCAGUGUGGUUACAUCCCGCUGAGGUUCAUCAUCUUGUCACUCAACGAUUUUCUCGAGAUAAUUAUGACAAGUUCAAACCUCAGUGUCUCAAGAAGUUUAAACUGAGAUCUUUGUGCAAUAGUUUGAAACAAACCUGCUUUUACAAGUAUUAAAUGUUUCAAUAUAUCCAUUAAUUUUAUUUUAUAAUGAUUUUUUUAUUUGUAAUUCUGUUUUUUCAAAGGGUUAAUGCUGCACAGUUUAGAGUCAUAAUAAAUGCAAAUAUUUUAUUUUACCAUAAAUGUUUAUAUUUUUAAAAAGUAUAUAUCUAAUUUAUUUCUCUUUCUGUGUAUUUGCUAAGUACUGCAGUCUCUACAGUAAAGAGUCACAGUUUAUAUAAAACACAUGUAGUCGUAAUGCAUUGACUUUGAGCAAGUUGUUUUCAAUUACCCUUUAGUUCAAUGCAAUACACAAUGCAACAACAUAUUUUACAAUAGUUGUUUUUCUUGCACACGUUGUAUUUGUUAUGAAUAUAAAGUGUACUUUCAUUUUAUUUAAAAAGGUCAGUGCAUGUGGGGACUUUUUUGAAUGGAUCUGUAUAAUUAUACAGUUUGUGCUUAAUUCUCAUUUGACUGAACUCUUGUUCAUUUGUAAUAUCUACAUUAUAUUUAUGCACAGAUGAAUGAUAGUGUGUCUUGACAUUUAAACUGUAUUUUUAUUCUUUGUUCCUAAACAUAAAAAAACCCAUCUCUUUUAAUGUGUAAAUUUAUUGAUUUAUUGUUUUGUACAAUAAACAUAAAGAAGUA